AUGGUGCGUGCAAAUUUGCAGAAUAGUUGUCACGUUGUGAUGGUGAAGAUACCGACACAUGUAACCUCAUAUGCGUUGCAUGCGUCGACACAGCGUGCCAAGGGAAUCGAAUGGAGCCUCUACCAGUACCCGAAAAGACCCCAUUGGUGGCAUGAACGCUUUACCAAUGGACGUGAGUCCAUCAAUGAUGAUGAUCGCAGUGGUAGGCCGUCGACAUCAAAAACCGACGAAAACGUCGAUAAAGUACAAAAAAUGUUGGCUGAAAAUCGUAAGUUAACAAUUCGAGAGUUGGCAGAUGACUUAAACAUUGCUUAUGGAUCUGUUCAAGACAUUAUCGUAAAUGAUUUGGGAUUGCGUCGUGUUGCUGCAAAAUUAGUACCAAAAGAUCUGAAUUUCAUGCAAAAAAAAGAUCGUGUCGAUAUCACUCAAGACAUGCUUUCUAAGGUUGAAAUGGACCCAGCAUUCAUCAAACGCAUCAUUACUGGUGACGAGACGUAG